ACUGUUGCUAGGAUACGGCGAAUGCUCGGCUCUCUCCCAGCUAAGCUAGUGAAGUUUACACUGCUAGCUGGCUUUCUGUCAUGUUUUCUUGAUUUAUUCGGCGGCUACAUGGCCUGAGUUUACAAGCGAAUUGAGUUAUAUUAAGUUUUUUCGCUUGGAAACAUCGCUACAGGCUAUCCCCCAGCCAUGCCGUAUAUGAAAGCAUCUAAAAUAAAACAGCCACUGUCAGUGCUGAAGGAUAUUAGGUCACAGAAAUGUGGACUGAGGUGCACAAUUUUCUCGGCCAGUGGAAAUGAAUACAACGGAGAGUGGCAGGAUGACAAGAAACAUGGGAAGGGAAUCCAGGUUUGGAAGAAGUCUGGAGCCAUUUAUAGUGGAGAGUGGAAAUUUGGGAAGCGUGAUGGAUAUGGUACCUGCAGUGUGCUACUCCCAGAUAAGGAGUAUGCAAGGAAGUACUGUGGUGGAUGGAAAAAUGGAAAGAAGCACGGGUAUGGGACGUACUUCUACAAUAGCUCUGCUGUUUAUGAGGGGGAGUGGAGUGAGGACCAGCGGAGUGGCUGGGGAAGGAUGUACUACGGGAGUGGAGACAUAUAUGAAGGAGAAUGGAUGAAGGAUAAGACUCACGGACAGGGCAUCAUUCGAUUUGCAAAUGGAAAUUGGUAUGAAGGCACCUGGCGAGAUGGCAAGAAGAACGGUAAUGGAAAGUUCUACUAUCCUGAUAAAGGCCAGCUUUAUGAAGGCUAUUGGGUGGACGGAGUAGCAAAAUGUGGGACCUUGUCUGAUUUUGGGAGGGAUGAAGCACCAACACCGACAAAGUAUCCAAUUCCACAGGUACAUCUGGUGGAUAUGCAGUUGGUUUUAAGGGAAGCCCAGUCAGGGUUGAAUCAGGCUUGAUCAGUGUUGUAAGAAGAGGAUCAGCAAGUUUUCACUCCAUCACAAACUUAGGGCGAAAGGAUAAAAAAGAAAAUAAAAGGCAUGACGGCA